UGUGCAACGGUCUGUCAGUAGGAAUCGGGAUUUCGUGUGACUUGGACGUGUUGUUCCGGGGCGUGCUUCGAUCUCGCAGUCAUAGUUCGCGACGAGUAGCACGUGUUCGCUACGUCUGACAUAUAUUUAUAUGUAUAUUUAUACAUAUAAAUAUUUAUACAUUUAUACAUAUAGACUGCUAACACAUGUCUAUCGCUGACGAAGAGGUAUCGUAAAAAAGGAUCUGUCAAUUAGCAUUUCUCGUUAUUUCGACGCGACGAUGACUCUUUCGAAAAGCUUCUUGCCAGAGUAAAAUACGUGCGACAGCGAGACAGACUUAUCCUUGCUGCGAGAGGUUAUGGGAAAAUUAAGACUUUAGUAUCAUUUGGAUAUCCUGCGCGCUUACAGGACGCGAGUUCAACGGACGAAAAGGUGAACGGUUAAAAACGUGACCGCGACCGGUGUUAUCGGGCAACCGCCUUGACAAAUCAAUAAAUUCCCGAAGAGGAAACCGCAGAGAAAUUAGAUUGCUGUUUGAUCGGCCAUUGUAUGUACGAUCGUUCGAGCCAUUGAAUCGCAGUGCCUUUUUCAACCAUAUCAGAAGAAAAGGAAGAAUACAAGAACACCUUAGGGGACGAAAUUAAUAGAAAUAUGGCACACGAAAAUGGGAUAAACGGUGGAGACACCGAUUCGGAGACAGUGGAGCUAAAUCUUGUGAGAAGAACCAGAUUUCACGUGAACCGGGUCGACAGUCUCGAAGGUCGAACCAGUCUCCUUGGCGAGCAGGAGACCAAAAAAUCCCUCAGGCACAUGACCAGAGAAGCCUUGCCCAGGCUAGACAAUUACAGGAACAUCAUGAGCAUCCAGGCGGCUCAUAGGCCUUCAUUGGACGAGUUGCACAAUCCCACUCUUCUUAAUAAGGACCCAGGAUCGCAUACAUUAACCGUUCCACAAUUAAAAUCCACGGCAUCCGGAGUGAAAUUUGGAUGGAUUCAAGGAGUGCUUAUGCGAUGUCUCCUCAACAUCUGGGGAGUGAUGCUCUUCCUGCGACUUUCCUGGGUCGUAGCGCAAACCGGAAUAGGUCAAGCUAUUUUAUUGAUUCUCACAACGACGGUAGUCACGACGAUUACAGCUUUGUCGAUGUCAGCAAUCAGCACGAAUGGUCUUAUCAAAGGAGGUGGAACAUAUUACAUGAUUUCCAGAUCAUUGGGACCUGAAUUCGGGGGCUCCAUAGGUCUCAUAUUUUCUUUGGCGAACGCUGUCGCUUGUUCUAUGUAUGUGGUCGGAUUUUGUGAGAGUUUGAUAGAUUGUCUUAAUUCCUUCAAUCUUUGUAUAGUCGAUUGUGGAAUCACAGAUAUCAGGAUUGUAGGCUGUCUAACAAUAGUCGUACUCCUAAUAAUCGUGGUAAUCGGCUUGGAAUGGGAAGCGAAGGCACAAAUAUUCUUGUUAAUAAUCCUCCUCUUGGCUAUUGGCGAUUUCACGAUCGGCAGUUUUAUUGGUCCCAAAAGCAACGAGGAAAAGGCUAAAGGAUUUAUCGGAUACAACGCCGAGCUGUUUAAGGAAAAUUUGUAUCCGAACUAUAGAUAUAGCGAAGGCGUGGAACAUAAUUUCUUCUCGGUCUUAGCCAUUUUCUUCCCAGCGGCAACAGGUAUCCUGGCAGGUGCGAAUAUAUCUGGUGACUUAAAGGAUCCGCAAACGGCAAUACCAAAAGGCACUUUAUUGGCGAUUCUGCUGACAUCGCUGUCAUAUCUAAUUAUAGCGAUCAUAGUUGGAAGUACUGUUAUGCGAGAUGCAUCUGGCAAUGUUAAUGAUCUAUGGGCAAUAUAUAAUUCUUUUUCGACACUAUCAAUACUUGGUGCAGACAAUAGUACCGCGAUCGAAAAUAAUACAAAUAUUAUCGAGAGUGCCAAUCGCACUUGGAGUGUAUACCAAACAGCUUUUAACUGCACAGGAGGCAGUUGCAACUAUGGCACUCAUAACAGCUUUGAGGUAAUUCAAUUAGUUUCUGCUUUUGGUCCUUUUAUCUAUGCCGGUUGCUUCGCGGCUACAAUUUCAAGUGCUUUAGCAUCGCUAGUCUCAGCACCGAAAAUAUUCCAAGCACUUUGUCUUGAUAAACUAUAUCCGGGAAUUGCGUGGUUUAGUGGAGACAAAGAUAAGGAACCGAUUCGUGGCUAUUUACUCACUUUUAUUAUUGCUGUCGGUUUCAUUUUGAUCGGUGAAUUAAACGCGAUCGCGCCGCUCAUUUCGAACUUCUUUUUGGCUGCUUAUACUCUCAUUAAUUUCAGUACCUUUCAUGCUUCCCUUGCUAAGCCGAUCGGAUGGCGACCAACUUUUAAGUAUUACAACAUGUGGCUUAGUCUUGCUGGCGCUAUUCUUUGCGUUUCUGUGAUGUUCCUGAUCUCAUGGUGGACGGCUUUAAUAACUUUAAGCGUAGUUUUAGCGUUAUAUUUAAUAGUCUCAUAUAGAAAGCCUGAUGUAAAUUGGGGUUCAACUACACAAGCCCAGACAUACAACAACGCGUUGACCGCUGUGCAACAAUUGGAUCGAGUGGAGGAUCAUGUGAAAAAUUAUAGACCGCAACUCUUGGUUCUCACUGGCGCGCCAAACACGAGAUCCUCGCUCGUCGAUUUUGCUCAUCAUAUCACCAAACAUCAGAGUUUAUUUAUUUGUGGCCAUAUUAUCGAAACAUCCAUUUCAUACAAAACGCGCAAUAGCAUGCUGCAGAAUUGUUCUUCCUGGCUCAGAGCGAACAAAAUCAAGGCGUUUUAUUCCUUGGUGGACGGUGCGAGUUUCCAAGAUGGAGCUACUUCGCUUCUACAAGCUGCCGGACUCGGGAAAAUGAGGCCUAAUAUUCUGUUAAUGGGUUAUAAGCAAGACUGGGCUACCUGUCCCCAAAAUAAUUUGAAUAUGUAUUUUAACACUAUGCACAAAGCUCUGGAUAUGCACAUAGCAGUAGCACUUCUUCGGCUUCAAGAAGGUUUAGAUUGCAGCGUAAUCGGAGAGGAUCAAAAGAGACUGAUGCCUACAUCGAUACCAGGCAAUCAAAGUUUCUCGCAGCUUAGCCAAGCUAGUAGCGUAUCCGACAUUUCAAUUCCUGGCAGUCCCGCACCGAGACGUUCGAGAACGAUUAACGAAUAUCCCAAUCCGUCCUCCGAGGAGCAGCGCGAAAAUCGAUCAAAUAUAAUGCCAAUCACAAAUAUACUUAAUGUAGUAACGAAAUUCCAAAGGAAGCAUAAGAAGGGUACUAUUGAUGUGUGGUGGCUAUACGAUGACGGUGGCUUGACGCUUCUCUUGCCCUACAUUAUUAGCAUGAGGCGUAAUUGGUCUAAUAGCAAAUUAAGGGUAUUCGCACUCGCCAACAAAAAUUCUGAAUUGGAAUAUGAACAAAGAAACAUGGCGAGUCUUCUAUCGAAAUUUCGGAUAGACUAUUCCGCGCUGAAGGUCAUACCGGAUAUUUCGAAACCGGCACAAACUAGCACAAAGGCAUUUUUCGAUUCGUUAAUAGCUGGCUUCCAGGAAUCAUCAGCAGAUUCGAAAAAUUCAGACGAUGAUAUCAUUAAAGAUUCGGAACUUAUGGCGAUGAACGAAAAAACCAACAGACAUCUCCGUUUGCGUGAAUUAUUACUUGAAAAUUCCAUGGAAGCAAAUUUAGUCGUUAUGACGCUUCCAAUGCCAAGGAAAGGUGCUGUGUCAGCGCCUCUUUAUAUGGCAUGGUUAGAGACACUUACGCGUGAUAUGCCACCGUUUUUAUUAGUGCGGGGUAAUCAGACGUCAGUUUUAACGUUUUACUCAUAAUAAUCGAGAUAUUACAUAUAAAAAUAUGGUUCUCACAGUUGGUGAUAACCACAGUAUUAUAAAGACAAAAAAGACUUAAUCAUCUGUAUAUGCAGAAAAAAUCGAUUUGAUUAUCGCAGAAAUUUAUAGUGAUACAUAUAUAAUGCUAAUGAUCUAUGCUUUAUUUUAUCAUUGCUUUUAUCAUUAUUAUGAGAAAAUGCAAGUAAACUACUAUUGAAGAAUGUGUGCCUAUCAUAAGUAAUCUCUUAUAAAUAUUUAUGUCGUGUUUUCUUAAAUGACUAGGAUAUUUUUCUAUUCCAAAAAAAAAAACUGACAAAUUUCUAUAUUAAAAAGCAAUUAUGCUGCAUAAAUAGUUGAAGUAAUGGUAAAAAUAUGACAAAUGUAGUUUGUAACAUUAUUUAUUUGUCAUGCAAUA